CGGCAACGGAAGCAUCUCUAACCCGAGGCUCUCUCUCUCUCUCUCUCUCUCUCUCUCUCUACUCUACUCUACUCUACUGUAGUCUGUGUCCGAGAGUUGCAGCCAUGGCUGUUUGUGUUUGAUUCUCUCCUCAGUUCCCCUCAAUUUCCCGCUUGCAAAGCGCGCGAAGUUUCUCUAAUCGCAUUAGUUCUCUCGUCUCCUAUCCUCUGCUCCAUAGAAACCUUAAUUUGACUGCUUCUAUGCUUCAUUGAACAAUGGAACUCGCUUUACGUUUCUGUCCCCGCGUUUCCGUUUCCAUCCUUUCUUCCGGAAACCCUAAGUAUAUUUCAUCAGAACAUCAGCUGAAAUGAUCCGUAGUAUGAAAAUUCAUAGUGAAUUCCAUCUAGAAUUUGUUCUUUAAAUCAGGCUUCCUGAAUCAAUUUGAGAGAGAGCUGCAAUUUUCCUUGCUAUGGGGUUUCGCAUUUUCUCCAUGCAUUGGUUUAUUGUUAUUUGAAGGUUGGAGAUUUGUUAAGGUUUAAGAAUGGCAAUUGUGACAGGAGAUAGGUACCUUGAAUACCUGGUGAAGUUCAUUGAGAAGCAAACUGGUCCUUUGAUUGAAGGAAAUUUGGUUUUGAAGUUAAACCCGGUCGGGCUUCACUACAUUCAGUCGAGGCUCGAGGCGUUGCAAGAACUUGAACGUCUUCUAGGUGCUGCUCCCGUUGAUUACUUUCGGGCUUACGUUUCUGAUCUCGGGGACCACCGGGCGCUCGAGCAGCUCAGUAGGAUUCUCCCGCUAGUGACAUCUCUGAAGGUUGUUUCGGUGUUUCCGCCGCCUGCUAGAGAUCCGACACCUCUGUCACUGUUGCCCUUUGGACGGCUAAAGUAUUUGGAGCUUCGUGGAUGUGAUCUUUCGACUUCGGCAGCAAGGGGACUUCUUGAGCUGAGGCAUACUUUGGAGAAGCUUAUUUGUCAUAAUUCUACUGAUGCUCUUCGGCAUGUGUUCGCCAGUAGAAUUAAGGAUAUAAAGGAAUCUCCAGUAUGGAAUCGAUUGUCAUUUGUUUCUUGUGCAUGUAACGGUUUGAUGCUAAUGGAUGAGUCUUUGCAACUGCUUCCUGCUGUUGAAACACUUGACCUAAGCCGAAACAGAUUUGAGAAAGUUGAUAAUCUACGGAAAUGUACAAAAUUGAGGCACCUAGAUCUUGGAUUUAAUCAUCUGAGGACAAUCACUUCAUUAAGUGAGGUUUCCUGUUCAAUAGUUAAAUUGGUUUUGAGGAACAAUGCUCUAACUAUAUUACGUGGGAUUGAGAAUUUGAAAUCAGUAGAAGGGCUUGAUCUUUCCUACAACAUUAUUUCCAAUUUUACGGAGUUGGAGAUUCUUGCAAAUCUUCCAUCUCUUCAAAGCUUAUGGUUGGAAGGAAAUCCAAUAUGCUGUGCCCGAUGGUACCGCCCACAAGUGUUCAGCUUUUUUACUAAUCCAGAGAAAUUGAAAUUAGAUAAAAAGGAAAUUAGCAAGAAAGAGGCUUGGAAGAGACAAGUCAUUCUUGCAAACAGGAAAAAGCAGCCUGCUGGCUUUGGACUUUAUUCUCCUGCAAAAGAUGAUGCUAACAGGGAAAGGAGUUUCAAUAUGAAAAAGAAAAAACUGUCUCGUCUUGCUUGUAUUGAAGAUGAGGAGCAGAGUUGUACAAUGAAGAGGAUUGAAGUCAUGAAAAAUGAAUUUUCUUUUCUUUGGUUGAGAAAAUUGAAGGACUGGAUCGAUCACAAUUCUGAGAAUGCGGUUGACAAUACCAACUUUUCAGGGCAGAUUUCAUGUCCUGCUAAAGAGAAUUGUGUGAAAAAGACCAAAAGGCAAAAUAAUCUCAGAGAGAGCUCACGAUACGUCAUAGAAUCUGUUCUAGCACCAGAAGACAAGAGCAGGACAAACCUUAUAGAAUCUAAGAACUCCUUAUCUCAUGCUUCUGUUGAUUUCCAUGCCCAUUUGCCCAUUGAUUCAAUUGGUCAAAUGGCUUUGAAGUCAUCAGUGAUAUAUAAUAGCAGGGAAGCUGUUCCUCCCUUAAAAAUUGGGACAAUGGCUUUAAGUCAAGAAAGGGUGAGUGGUCUGCCUUUUGGAGUAAAUGAUUCCUUUCUUCCUAAUAGAUUGACCAUCCAGGGAGAUGAUAAAGUGGAUGCAAAGGCUAAUAUACCAUUGACAGCAAUUGGUGAGAUUAUGGAAUCCCAUACAUCCUCUACUUUCCCUUGCUCACCUCCUCAUUAUCAAGAGGAUAUGCUACAUUGUCAUCACAACUUAGAGGAAGAAUUUAUGCAAAUUUCUGCUGACUCACAUUCACUGGCAUCAUCAGAUAGUGAUACCAGCUGCAGUGAAGAUGAUUUCUAUGAAUCUGGAACAUCUUUACCAUUGACAGCGAUUGAUGAAAUUAUGGAAUCCCAUACAUCCUCUACUUGCCCUUGCUCACCUCCUCAUUAUCAAGAGGAUAUGCUACAUCGAGAAUUAAUGCAGCUUUCUGCUGGCUUGUAUUCACUGGCAUCAUCAGAUAGUGUUACCAGCUGCAGUGAAGAUGAUUUCUAUGAAUCUGGAACAUCUUUACUUGAAGUUCACCAGUCAUGCUGUUUAGAGCCCUUGAAUACAAUGAAUGGGAGUAUGGGUUACCACAUGCACAUGUUUCUCUCAAAUGAUAAUUAUUAUGACAAAAAACAAAGGGAAUUGUGUAUAAGACAGAAGGACCAUAUUUUGUUGGAUAGUUCCACUGAUAAACAUUCUCACACUGUAGGACUUCUAGAACCAAUUGAUGGCCAGCAAAUUUUGACUGAUGAUGUGCUGGCUGGUGUUGGCAAUGCUGGCAUUGAUCAUGUUAUGAGCCAAGAAACAGAUUGUUUGGAAAAUAGAAAAUGCCGAAGUAAGCCAAAAAAAAGAGUUGUUUCACUACCAGAAGAGAAUUAUAUGACAGGGAGUGCAGACCCACGAUGCCAAAAGUUAAAUGGAAAUGCUGAUGGUUGUAAAGCUAAUAUGGAAGAUGGGCCACAAAACCAAAUUUUCAGGAUGAAAUCUGCCUCUCUUUCUGAGAAUGAUAGAUUUAUAAUGGAUUAUUUUCAUGCCAAAGUUGCUGAUGCUAGAGUUUCUGAGACUUGCUUGCAGUAUAUGCGAUGUGACAGUAUUCUAGAGCUGGAAUCAGGUUGCCAAGAAAGAGAAGUAGUCAUAUUAUUAAGCAGUGAAAAUAAGUUGUACGUGCUCCUUAUUGAUGUCACAUCUAAUGGCUCAGGUGAAAUCUCAAAGGUUAUUGGAUGCCACAAGCUUGAAGACAUUAAAGAAGUUGUGGUUGGUAUGGGACUACAAGCUUUGAGUGUACGUUUCGAGAGGGAUGCACCAUACCUGUUAAUAACAAGGAGCAUUGAUAAAUCAAGGGGAUUGCUUUGUCUCUUGGAAGCCCUUCAUCCAUGCACAAGUAACAGAUAUUCCCUAAAAAGCUUGGAGCAGGUUCAGGUCGAAUUGUUUGAGAGGUAUAUUUGUAGAGGCUCGAAAAUGAGCAUAUUGCUAUACACAAUGUUGCUGUUUCGGAAGAGCAGUUGUGAAGAUGAACCAUGGCUUUUAAGAUCCCUAUUUGUAAUUGAAGGAUAUAUGAUUGUAUGCAUUGAAGACCUUGUGCAGUUCAGUUCUCUUUCAUUGAAUGAAGCAUCGUCGAAUUCAUAUUUCUCUCUUGAUUCAUGCUGCUCCAUCAGUAACAUAACAGAAAUGAUAAUAGAGCGCUGGGAGCGUUGGUCUGUCACCUUGACCCUAGACCGAGUUACAUCUGAGAAGUACUGCUGCAUGGCUGAUCCAAUGAAAGAAAAACGCAUGGCCAAGCUUGCAGAGGACAAAAUGGCUUCAAGCUCGUGCACAUGGAAGUUGAAGUGGUUCUCGGAAGAAACACUGUCCAAAUUUAUGGCAUUGAUAAAGGCCAUCUAUGCAGGAACAACAUUGUCUCAUCUUCCUUCCUCUCAGGGGAUAUCUAAUUGUAAAAUGUGCAAGAAGUUUCUGCUUCAACGCUGGGAGUGUCUCCAUCGACACCAUGCGUGCAUACCCAACUUUCCUACACCUGAUCGCUUUGUUGCAGCUGUUAUUGCUUAUGGUGCAGCAAAAAUGGCUCAAGUUUUAUUUUUUUUAUUGGUAUUAAGUUUAGAUUGUUUAUCAUUAGUUACUAUUUCAUAACUGUAGUUGACAAUCUAAUCUCGAAGAUGACAAUCUAAUCUAGUU